AACGGGCCAUCCAGCAGAUCAGUAACCAUGUUGACCAUACUUGUUCUGUUGUGUCUCGGAGCCUGUCUUCUGUACUUGCAGCUCAGAAUUCGCCGAUACAAAAACUUCCCCCCUGGACCCACUCCUGUUCCGUUUUUUGGAAAUUUGCUUCAACUGGACCGCACAAACCCAUUAAAGGACUUUGACAAGUUUGCUCAGCGCUAUGGAUCAGUCUAUGGGAUGUUCAUUGGUAGGCAGCCAGCAGUGGUUUUGACAGGUCAGAAAAUCAUCAGGGAGGCACUCAUAACACAGGCGGUAGAGUUUGCCGGCAGAUCAGACAACAUGAUGGUCAGUCAUAUGUCAAAGAACAAAGGGGUGGUUUUGGCAAAUUAUGGAGAAAGUUGGCGGGAACAUCGACGCUUUGCUCUGACCACACUGAGGAACUUUGGCCUUGGAAAGAAGAGUAUGGAGCAGAGGAUUCUGGAGGAGGUCAAAUAUAUAUGCUCACAUUUGGAGGAAUCUGCUGGAAAGUCAAUUGACCCUCAACAUCUGUACCACCAAGCUGCUUCAAACAUCAUUGCCUCAAUCAUUUUUGGCUCACGUUUCAAUUAUCAGGAUGAAUAUUUCCAGACAUUAAUCACAACCAUAGAAACACUUAGUAAGAUUUUCAUUGGGCCAUGGGCAAUGCUCUACGAAAUUGCCCCAGUGUUAAGGAUUUUCCCACUGCCAUUUCGCAAGGCUUUUCAGUAUUUUGGGGUAAUCAAUAAUCACAUUCUUAAAGUUGUGGAUGAGCACAAGAAGUCACGUGUUACUGGGGAGCCCAGAGACCUGAUUGACUGUUACCUGGAGGAGAUGGAGAAAAGAGCAGAUCAACGCACCACAUUUGACGAUUCACAGAUGGCGAUUUUACUGUUUGACCUGUUUGCGGCUGGAACUGAAACAACCUCUAGUACACUACGAACUAUAACGUUCUAUUUGAUGACUCACACUCAUAUACAGGAACAAUGUCAGCGGGAGAUUGAUGAAGUCCUUGGUGAUCGUGAACAUGUCACAUUUGAGGACAGAAACGCCAUGCCUUAUGUUCAAGCAGUGAUUCAUGAGGGUCAGCGUUUUGGUGACGUUGUUCCGCUUGGUUUGUUUCAUACCGCAACAACUGACACUCAGCUCCGGGGCUACAACAUCCCAAAGGGGACAAUUAUCAUCCCCUAUCUGUCAUCUGCUCUCAGAGAGGAAAGUCAGUGGAAGUUUCCCCAUGAAUUCAACCCUCAAAACUUCUUGAAUGAUAAGGGUGAAUUUGUGAAGCCUGAUGCAUUCAUGCCUUUCUCUGUAGGACCUCGUAUGUGUUUAGGAGAAAAUCUAGCUCGCAUGGAGCUCUUUCUCAUCCUGGUCACGGUGCUGCGGCGUUUCCGUCUGGUCUGGCCAGAGGACGCAGGAGAACCAGACUUUAAACUUACAUUUGGUGGGACACAGUCAGUGAAACCUUAUCGUCUGACUGUCCAACUGCGUACACCUGGGGAGACUUGUAAAUCUGUUUACUGAAUAUAUGUUGCCCUUCAGUGAAAACAUGCCCCAAUAGUGGGUUAUGAUGUCACACUAUGUGUCACACAGGGUAAACUAUGACAAAAAACUAUGAUGCACAAGACAUUAAAUACACAAGUAAAUCAAGUUGUAUAAAAUGACAACCUAUAACACAUAUGUGAAAACUUGCACCGACAAUAACGAAAAAUAACUUUCUCCUCCUCUUAUGUUAAACUUAGUGUGCGUUUAUCGUUUGCUUUUUUACUCAAAAUCUACAGAAAAAUAAAUUGUAAUUAAACAA